AAGAUGGUGUUGAUGGCGGAGCGGGAGCUUCGUUAAAGCGAAGUCCUCGGUGACAUGGGUAACGAAAACAGCCUGGAAACCGGUGAGCUGGGCUCGAUAUCUGCAUCGGAAGGCGGUGCCGCGCAACCGCUGAAAACACCCGCGGCCCCCAACGGAGCCCCCGGAGGGCGAGCGACGGCAGGCAGCAGCAGUGCAAGACCACGUCAGCUUGGUCAGCCUGAUGGGAAAAUUGAGACCUUCCAGCAGACUAUUCCCAACAAUGAAAGUGCUCGAAGAAUGCAAAAUCAAGGUCUUUCUGCACAAUCUCUACAACAAGAACAGAUAAGGACUCUUCAGGUUGACCCAAAUAUGAAAAGAACAGAAAGAUCCCAUUCUGUAUCCCCAGAUAGAGGAAGUGCUCCAACCUCCCCUUAUUCAGUACCACAGAUAGCUCCACUGCCUAGCAGUACUCUGUGUCCAGUAUGUGCAACUACAGAGCUGAACUCUUCUCCAAAUCAGCCAAACUUCAAUACUUGCACUCAGUGUCGAUCAGUAGUAUGCAAACAGUGUGGAUUUAACCCAAAUCCUGACAUUACAGAGGUAGAAGAAUGGUUGUGCUUAAACUGUCAGAUGCAGAGAGCGUUGGGAAUGGACAUGACCACUGCACCUCGUUCCAAAAGUCAUCAGCAAUUACAUUCUCCAUCACACCAGCCCCAAACAGAACCACAAGCAAAUGUGCAGAGGCAUUCUCAGUCAGAUCAUGGACUCCAAAAAGGAAGGACCACUCCAGUUAAAAGAGAACUUCCUAAAAUGCCAUCUGCUGUGCAAACCAGACCUGAAACCAAGAUGCAACCCAGUCAGAGUGAAAAGCAAGGGUCAACAACUGAUCAAUCUCAACCACACCAUCAAGGCCAACCAAAGGCUGUUGGCCCAUUAGAGCCAAUCAGGCCUGUGGGUCAGAGUCAACAAACUAAACCUUCACCUGCAGAACAAAGGAGAGCAGCAGAUAGUUCACCAGCAAGAACACAAGCUGGCCCAACCAGUAUAUCCCAGGAGCAGGAGGGCAUUACUGGUAAACUGUUUGGGUUUGGAACUUCCCUUUUAAACCAGGCUACAAACCUUAUAUCUACACAGCCAGAACAGACUCCACCAGGCCAGCAAUCACCUGCGAAAGGGUCUGCUGCUAAACAGGCUCCAAAAAUAGGUUCGAUACCAGGGAUGCAAAUGAAAACUGGGAAUGCUGCUUCAGUUAAACAAGUAAAACCAGAGCCAGUUGCUCAACAGCAAGAAGCCAUCAAGCCCAAAGCAUUGUGCCCAUUAUGUAAAACAGAACUGAAUGUGGGAUCAAAUCAGUCCCCCAACUUCAACAAUUGCACUGAAUGCAAAGUCCAAGUGUGCAACAUGUGUGGCUUUAAUCCAACUCCACAUCUAGUAGAGAAGAAAGAAUGGCUCUGCCUGAACUGUCAGACUCUGCGGCUAAUGUCUGGAAAUUUAGCAGAUGCAUCCCUUCCUAUCCCACCAGCAAAACAGCAACCAGCAGUGUCACCUCAUCAUCAAGGGCAAAUGGGUGUCAAUAUGCAACAAAAGAAAGGGGCUGGUCAACAGCAGCAAGUUGGUCCUGUGCAACCACAAAUGGCUCCUGCAGCACCAGGCCAACAGUUCCUUCCACAGCAGGGAAAGCCAUCUCUGAAAUUAAUGGGACAAUCAUCACCAGUGAAGCAUCAAGGUCCACUGGUCACAGAUAAAGCACAAACUCAACAAAUGCAUCCUGGACACACUGGGCCCCAGCAGCUUCCACAGAUUUCAGAUCCAGGCAGGUCGCAGUCAACAAAGGAGAAGCCAAAAGCGAUAAUGCAGAGCAGCACAGGUUCUGUGCCUACAAAAGUGAUCGCCACAGACAAAACAGUGGACCCUUCAAAGGAAAUUUCCCAAGCAGCUGAUCCACAGAAAGCAAAAAUGCAAGAGGAAAUGAACAAGAAUUUUCCUCCGGAACAGUCUCGCAGCCCACAGAGUUUAAGUGAUACAGGCUACUCAUCUGAUGGCAUAUCAAGCUCACAGAGUGAAAUCACAACUUUAUUGCACCAGGAAGGACAAAAACUUAAUGAAUCUGGCCUUACACAACAAAGUCCAAUGAGCCCUUCAGAAUUUACCAAAUUGGAGAGUACUGUAAGGCCAUUGCUUGAAUCUCAAGAUCGGAAUAAAGGAGAAAGGACUGUUCAUGAUUCAUCUGAAAAGCAAAUACAGCAAGACAGGCUACAGUCACUUCCAAUAACACCAGAGUGUUACACCUCAGACGAAGAGCUUGAAGAUAUACAAGAGGAAGAUGAAGAUAUUUUAGAAUGGGACAAUGAAGGGGAGCGAAGAGAAAGUCUAGAAUCACUCGAUGAGUUUGGCAGGAAACUGCGGCAUGACUACACUGAGGGUGGGAGUGAAACUGCAGUACCACCUCCUCAAACUGAUUCUGCAAAUGCAGGUGCAGAGUUAACAGAUGAAGAAUUUAUGCGAAGACAACUUUUGGAAAUGAGUGCAGAAGAGGACAAUGUAUCUGUGGAAGAUGAGAACAUGGGCAGUCAUACUGAACAUAUUAGUAUAAAGAAGAGUCAAAAACUUACAACAGAGUCUAGCAAAAGAAGCCUUUCAAAGCAACAACAGAAUCUUAAUAUAAGCAGCAAUUAUGAAGGUACUACGCUGGAAAAAUCUAUAAAUCAUGUAGAAGACUCAGUGGGGGAGCCAGCUGGGCUAAGACGUUUUAAAACUAUUGAUUUGAACACCACAAAUACUUACACAAAUAGAAGUAUUGAAGUUUGCAGUGAAGCAGAUCUUAACGUUGACAGAGAACCUGAACUUGAGAUGGAAAGUUUAACAGGAUCACCAGAUGAAAAAUCUAAGGGUGAACACUCAUCUACCUUGCCAGCCUCAACACCUACUUUGUCAUCGGGCACUUCCCCUACUUCUGUCUCUUCACUAGAGGAAGAUAGUGACAGUAGCCCGAGUCGAAGGCAUAGACUUGAGGAAGUAAAACAGCAGCGAAAGGCAAGGCACCGCUCGCAUGGUCCUCUGUUACCAACUAUUGAAGACUCUUCUGAGGAAGAGGAGCUACGGGAAGAAGAAGAGCUUCUUCGAGAACAGGAGAAAAUGCGCGAAGUUGAACAGCACCGUAUCCGAAGUACAGCAAGAAAAGCAAAGAGGGACAAAGAGGAAUUGAGGGCCCAGAGAAGGCGAGAAAGAUCCAAAACACCACCAAGUAACCUUUCUCCCAUUGAGGAUGCUUCUCCAACAGAGGAGUUGCGUCAAGCAGCAGAAAUGGAAGAACUCCAUCGUUCAUCGUGCUCCGAGUAUUCACCAACUAUGGAUUCUGAAGCCGAAGGUUUUGAAAUAACAACCUGCAGACUGUACAAGUCAGGUAGUGAGUACAACCUCCCCUCAUUUAUGUCCUUGUAUUCCCCAACGGAAAAAUCAUCCAACUCUUCAGCAAAUCAGAAACCACUGAAGAGUGCAGAAGAAGCAUAUGAGGAAAUGAUGAGAAAGGCUGAAAUGCUAAAGUCACAGCAACCGACGCAGGACACAUCUUAUAGCAGUGCUUAUCAGUCAGAUGACUACAUGGAGAAUAAUCACAAAUACCAAUCUUCAGAUGAAUACAAUUAUUUAAACAAUGAGAUGACAUUGUCACAAUCAACCUUACAGAGUGAGCAACAGAAACCAGAAGUAUAUGAGGACACAUCAAAGACCGCUGGACCCCCUCCCAAAUUGUCCCAUUCACCAUCACUUGAUCUCCGAUUGCAGCAACAAAAUGCCCAAUUACAAAAUCUGGAGCGGACUUUCCAGGAGAAAAAGCUUCUUGAUGCACAAAGUGCUUAUAUUGAACUAGCAAGGCAAACAGAUGCACUUCUUACACCCGGGACAAGCCCCACCCAGUCAGCUGCACCAAUUUCUUUCAUUUCGUCCAACAGUAAUAGAGGCAUCCCUGAUGUUCGGGUAACCCGGUAUUUCACCAGAGACAUGCAGGAGCAAAGCCACACUACAAAGCCCAUGGGAGCAAAUGGUAAUAAUUCACAAAUAGCUACAGCUUCUUACACAACAUACAACAAAAGAUCAGCUGUGACGGUGGCCACUGCAAUUGUGGGUCUGUCCUCUACUUGUGCAGGGUCUAUAGAUCGAACUGCAGUAUACACACAAGGAAGGCCAUCAGAUUCUGGGAUGUCAGCACCUUACAAUGCUCAAAGUUAUAAUACUCCUGAGAGUAAGAAAUUUGGUGAAUCAUACGGGUUAUCAAAUGUUAAUGGGUCAUCCACACAAACAGCUGAAGGACCCAUUUCCCCAUCUUCCGUACAGAGAUCAAUCUCUAGAACCAACAUGCCCGCAAGCCCCACAAUGGGUAGCAAAUCCACUGCAGAAUUUUCAACACAGACUUCAAAUCAUAGAGUUUUAUCCCCUUCCAUGACAUUGGCCUCAUCACCAUCUACAGUAAUGGCACAAGGCACUCAGACUUCAGUAAGAUCACCCCGCCUCAUCAGGCAAGUAUCCUCUCCUGACUCCACAUUCAUGGUCAUUACUCUGGCAUCCAAUGUUCCUGCCUCAGCCCAACCAUUAACCAUUAAUUCAGCCACUUCACCCAGCACCUCUCCAACACGGCUGAAUCGGCAAUCAACCCUGCAGGGCUGGACACAGCCAAUGAUUGCUUCAUCACAUCAGCAGAUGCAAAUGCAGUCCAUGUACAGCAAGACUUCUUCCCAAGCUGAUAGAAUAUCCAUGAUUCAGCCAACACAGAGAGGGCAAAUUACUUCAUCUAUUAUCACAGCUUCUGGUAUAGUUGGCCCAGGUUUAAGUGAAGUUUCAAGGACAUGUAGCUCUGUAGUAGAUCUCCGAACAGUUACUAAGUCACCCCCCGUCAUAAUAACAGAUCAUGGAAUGGAUUUGACAUCCUUGGCUACAGAAAGUAGGAAAUAUUCCCUUGAAUCUGACCAGCUUCCUAGUCGUCAGUCCACUGCCGUGCAGCCAUUAAUCAUGAAUCUUAAUGUGCAGGAACACCCAUAUGUAAACACAACUGGUACGACGACUGUGGGUAUAACAAUCACAUCAUCGAUGGUAAUUUCCCAGACAAAAGUGCCAAAGAUAUAUGGCGACCCCUUCCAGAAUCGUAUGGAUCUAGGUCAUGGUACAGCGAAAGCAAUUUGCCUCAUGCAAACAAAACAACUGGAAUCAAUGGGUCAACCCCCUUCUGUUACCGAGAGUGGAACCAACAUUGACCUGGCAAUGGUGAUGGCACGAUCAGAUCUGGAUAGCCAAAUGCAGCCACAUUUUGCUCGAUACAACUUAGCUAACCAAACUACUCCAGUGCGUAAAGUCGACAUUUUGGUGAAUGAGAGCAACAUCAGCAAUGCCAUAAAUAUUAGUGCCAUUCCUAGGACAGUACCUCAGGACAGUGGUUUUAUCCCCUCACAGGUACAUAGAGAAGCAUCUCUGGAAUUAAAGCCAUCUGCUCCCCCACCAAACUUGCCUGGAAUGAAAGUGCACGAUACAAUGGUGCAGUUGGACCACACAGCUGCGGGCACAGUCACAAAGCUGAUGAAAGAUGCUCCAUCAAAUGCAAUUGAUUUGACAGGGCCAAAGCCAGAAAGGGCUGUCUGUUGUGACGUGGUUUAUAAAUUUCCUUUUGCGGAUAGCUGCACUGGUUCAUUUAACCAAGGCUCGCAAGUCCCAGAUCUAGCAACGUAUGAACCACAGCAGAGUACCAGGAAGACUGCUCACCAGUACUAUGACAACAGAAUUCAGGAACCUGUUGAUAGUUACCACUAUAAAGAACCCAUGGCUGCUUACAAGGAUGGUCUUAAUAUGCACGAAGAGCACAAAACAUUUCCUCUGGUAUUUUCUGGGCGGCUGCAUUCAUCUAUGUCGGACUCCAACCUGCUGGAGUCCAGCAUUAAUUACAAUUUCCUGAAGAAUGACCCUCUUUAUCACCCACCUGGUGGUGAUGCAGCUGUAGAUCUGAGUACGAUGAAACACUCUUACAGUUUAUCUUUCAAUCAGGGAAGGGACUGGGGACUUGGAAUGCAGUAUGGUUCCUUCACUGAUCUCAGGCAGCAGUCAGAUCUCUUCAGCCAACCCGCUCCAAUAAGAAGAUACAGUUCAAUGUCGAAUAUUAACUCGGAUUAUGGUUACUCGAUGCGAGAUGAUCUGUCGAAUUUUCAGGAGGCCAGUUUGGCCCAUUACAGUGCGACGACUGCUCGGGAAAUCAGCAGGAUGUGUGCUGCUCUCAACUCCAUGGAUCACUAUGGAAACCGGUACACAAAUAGUUCAGAUUCUGUGCAGUAUGGGGCAUCUCCUCCAAAUGUGCAAUGUGAUGGAUUCUCAAGAAGCAGUAUAAUGUCAAACCAACAAGGAAUGUCUCCCAUAAAACAAAAUAUGAUGUAUAAUCCCAACUUGUCCAACUCUCGACGCAGGAUUGCAGCUCGUGGCUUUGGCAAUAUGCCACAUGCUGUACGUAUGAGAUCUAUCAGGCAGAUGUAUCCGCCAACCGCGGCUGUGAGAGCACCUGAUGGCAUGAUUUACUCUACAAUCAACACCCCGAUUGCUUCCACGCUCCCUAUUACAACACAGCCAGCAUCAAUAAUGCACCCAAUGCUGAGAGGUGUUUAUAGACCCUAUUUGCCUGGUAGCGUCACAGCUGUGCCUUUGGCCAGGUUGACCAGACUUCCCCUAGUUACACCACGGAUGCCUGCUACAACUUCUCCAAUGUAUCGAUACCUGCCUCCAAACAGAUUUACAGGGGUUUCUACGAUGUCAGCAGGUGAAACACCGAUCUACCUGGGAAAGGCUGGUGACGGUAAAAAUGCAGGUGUGAACGCUGUUCAAAACGUACCAAGUCAAGUCAUACAGAGGCCUGAACAGAGCGACAUCACUCAGCCAAGUGCUUUAGCUUCCAUGGCCCAGAAAUUUAACCCUGAGGCUAAGCAGUCCAAACAACAGCCGGACAUGGGGAUCAUGCAGCAGCAACAACUCCUGCAGCAGCAACAACAAUUGCAGCAGCAAGUCCAGCAGCAACAACAAUUGCAGCAGCAAGUCCAGCAGCAGCAACAACAAUUGCAGCAGCAAGUCCAGCAGCAACAGCAAUUGCAGCAGCAAGUCCAGCAGCAAAUGCAGGUUCAGCAGCAGCAGACAUUGCAACCGCAGCAACAGAUGCAGGCUCAGCAGCAGCAGUCAGUGCAACAACAGCAGCAGCAGCUGUCACAACAGUCAUUGCAACAUCAAGUGCAGCAGCCAGAGCAGCAACAGAACAUAGAGCAACAGGAACAGCUUGACCAACAGAAAGAGCAGCAGCUGCAAAAGCAGCUGCAGAAACUGCUGCAGCAGCAACUGCAGCAACAGAAGCAGCAAGAAGCCCAGCAGGCCGGCGCCGGCAGAAGAAAGCAGGAGGACAGCGAGGAAGAGCAUCAGCGAAAGCAGCAGCAAGAUCACUUCCUGCUGAUCGAGCGGGAGCGGGUGGAGCUCGAGAAGCUGCGGCACCAACGUCUGCAGGAAGAGCUGGAGCGCCAGCGGCUGGAGCUGCAGCGGCACCGGGAGAACGAGCAGAUCAUUGUGCAGCGGGAGCUGCAGGAGCUGCAGACCAUCAAGCAGCAGGUUCUGCACCAGCAGCAAGAGGAGAGGCAGGCGCAGCUCGUUCUGCAGCGGGAACAGCUGGCUCAGCAGAGGCUGCAGCUGGAGCAGAUUCAGCAGCUGCAGCAGCAACUGCAUCAGCAGCUGGAGGAGCAAAAAGUCAGAAACACGGUAAACUUCCCUGCAGUCUGUGACCCAUCGGGUAGAAUCCACCCGCACACCAUGUCAGAGAUGGGUAUUGAGAUGCAGAAACCUAUGCCGCAAGGCGGACAGUACUGGCCUGUAAACCAGGGAUAUGUGGAAGGUGCCCCUGUUGCCACAACUGGCCAAGAGGCAUAUUUAUCACCGCAUCAUAGAGCAAUGAUGGAACCACCACAUCGAUCUGCUUCUGAACUUUCCCUUCGAACUGAAGAGCACUUGGAGAAUAGGGGUAUCAGGAAACGAAAUUCCAUGCCAAGAUUGAGGGAUGCUUACGAGGGAAGCGAUGCAUCGUUGCGCGAUCAGUAUGUGGUUAAGAAGAUAGCAGACUGCAGUGUGCAAACUGACGACGAGGACGGAGAAGAGAGCUACUACAUGUCCCGUCGGAGGAGAACUAAGCGAAGUGUGGAUUGCAGCGUGCAGACGGACGAUGAAGACAACGGGGAAAUGGAGCAGCCUGCUCGUAGGCGCCGCUCCCGUUUCUCAAAGCAUUCCGAUUCAAGCACAGAAAGCAAACGGGAAAUGCUAAAGGGGACCUCCAGUAUUGCCAUACAAACAGUCAGUGAUUGCUGUAUCCAAACAGAUCCAAAUGAGCUUGGACCAGUGUCACCUGCCAUCCAUAUCACACCUGAUCCACGAGUAGAAAUUGUACGGUAUAUAUCUGCUCCUGAGAAGACUCAUAAAGGAGAGAGUCUUGGUUGUCAGACAGAACCAGAAGCACAAUCACAAGGCAUUGUUGGUCCUCACUUUGCAAGUUCUAGCACUAUUAAUCCCUACUCUACCAACAUACAGAUUGUAACACCAGGUCCACUGGACCAAACUAAUGCCAGGCAGCAGGGAAUCAUGAUUGUCCCAAAGUUUGAGAAAAAGAAACCAGAUCCUUUGGAGAUAGGGUAUCAAUGCCACCUUCCACCUGAACCUUUGCCUCAAAUGAUUCGCCAGCCUCCUAAGUCUCCACAGGUGCUGUAUUCUCCUGUGUCACCUCUCUCUCCAUAUCGGCUUUUAGAUACAACUUUUACUUCAUGUGAGAAGUUAAAUAAAGCCCACGUUACUCCACAGAAACAUUUUACCUCUGAGUCACCUAAACGACAGCAGGGUCUGCCUCGGCCAAUCAAAGUGAUGCAACGCUCCAUGUCUGACCCAAAGCCUGUCAGCCCCACUUCAGAGGAUUCUGGGAAACUGAAUUUCUUUGCUCAGAGUCAACAAAGUCUACAUAGCAGUCAGAUUGGAAACUUACAGCAGAGCACAAUGAAGAAAGUGAAACGAACACUACCCAGCCCACCACCUGAAGAAAUAAUGCACGGCAGUGUAACAUUUCACCCACAGCUAUUUGGCACCUCAUUGCCACGCAAGCGGGGACCACUUCCUGACCAGAUCACUCGUGAUAAACUCCUGAAGGACAUAAGUCACGAACUGGAAAAAGUAGAACAAGAAUCAAACAAACUCCAGAAGAAACAGGCAGAACUUGAUGAAGAAGAGAAAGAAAUUGAUGCAAAGCUACGAUACAUAGAGCUGGGAAUCAAUCGAAGGAAGGAAACAUUUGUCAAAGAUCCAACCAAGCGAGACCUGGGCUACACACGAGGUCUAGGAGAAGACAGGGAUUAUAUGUCAGAUAGUGAAGUUAACAAUGCCAAAGUACCUUCAUACAAUAGCAGCAAUCUCUUAGCUAGGCCACACACUGCUCCAGUCAAUCAGUAUUCUGAAUUCUCAAUUGCACAUCACCCACCCACAUCAUCUCAUUAUGCUCCAUCACAGGGCGCUCCUCAAGGUCUGUCAAACUAUCAGCAAGGGGCUUAUCAACCACUGCAUUAUGCUGUUCCCAAUACUUACCAGUCACAAAACAAUUUUCAGUCUCAUCCAACUUUGCAUUCUCAAAACACUUUUCAGCCACAAUCGUAUCCGCAGAACACAAGCUACCAGACCGACGCAGGUUUACAGAACAUGGCUGGAUUCCAGGCACCUAAUCAGUACAGUACCCAUACCACCUAUCCAAAUCAAGCUCCUUUUCAGUCUGCUCAGUAUCAGCAGCAGGCAAACAUCCCAACACAACAGAAGCCAAGGCAGACAUCAUUAGCUGAUCUUGAGCAGAAGAUACCCACCAAUUAUGAAGUAAUUAGUAAUACAAAUGUAAAUAUUUCUGCAAGUACAUCUGAGAAAGUUUAUACAACUACAACAGUGAGUAACAACUAUGAACAGUACAAGAACACAGAGUUGAGAGUUGCUGACAGUGGAAGUACGAUGGAAAGUCCUUCAACUAACUAUUCAGCAGAUUCCUUGUAUGCAAACCUAGAACACAAUAUUUCUCGCAAUUAUGUUAUGAUUGAUGAUAUUAGUGAAUUGACCAAAGAGAAUACCUCAGCAACAGAAAGUCAGAAAGUCGAACCAUCUCCUCAGCCUAGUAAUAUAAGACAUGGAAAAGAAAAGAAUGACUUUUUGGAGGCAACCAAUUCUAACAGAACCCAUGCAUAUAAUAAAGCUGGUGAUGAUUCAGAGGAAGAUGUGUAUGAUCUCCAAGCAUCAGACCAUCGAGGGAAGAAUGGUUACCAAAGGAGUUCAGAUAGCCAUGGCAGAAUAUCAAAUAGCUCAAGUGGAUCCUCUUGUUAUUAUGCAGAUAGCAGUCACAAGCACUCAACCCGAUCAGACAAGCACAACGCUUAUGGGUCUCAAAAGCAUUCUUCAAAGCAACAGGCUCCUGCUGUGGUAUCCACCAAACGCAGCAAACACAGAAAACAAAAUAUAGAACAGAAGAUCUCCAAGUUUUCACCAAUAGAGGAAGCUAAAGAUGUAGAAUCUGACUUUGCUUCAUAUCCUGCAACAACUUCAACAGUAGGACACAAUGUGGUCUUGAAGGCACAGAAGCUUCAGGAUGAAAUAACGUACGGUCUCAAGAAGAACAUUUAUGAACAUCAAAGAUAUUCUGGUCAUGGAAGCAGAGAAUCAUUGCAAGAUUCAGAGAGAGGCUACAACAAUGGCAACAGGUCAAGAUCUUCCUCAAUGUACGGUAUUGAGAAAUCUGGGAGAGAAGCUCCAAGUCCAAGAAGUAAAUCUUUUGAAAGAGAUACAGUGGAGCGUUCUCAAAAGGCAGGAAUGGGCCAUAGUCGUGGCCGUGGUCCAAUGAGGGCCCAAGCAUCCCAAGAGGAGUGUCCUUUGAGUCCUGUGGGAAGGGCCUCCAGAGAACCACUCCCACCAAAUGUUGUAGAUGGCCGAUCUCAGUUUGGCUCUAGCCACUCCUUGCCUGAUGUGCAGGAUGGAAAAGAGACAUCACGUAGCCAUACUUACAGAGAGGAUGACGGUUACAUCAUGGAUGAUAUGCACUGUGCUGUGUCUGACAGUGAAGCCUAUCACUUGGGCCAAGAGGAGACAGACUGGUUUGAAAAGCCAAGGGAGCGUUCCAGGCAUUACAGUGGGCAGUCUUCAUCACAAAGGCGCAGUUACCGAAGCCACCCACGCCACGACUACGACGAACCGACGGAUGAUUCAUGGCAUCCAGUAGAUCGUUCACAGUCACGCUACUCCUCAAAAGAGCACCAGAAGCAGUCUGCAUAUCAGUACGGUGAGCCUGCCCGACAUUCGUCACGCCAUGUAGCCGAUGAACCUUCACGGAAGUCUUCAAGGCAGCACUCCAAAGAGCAAUUUCGCCAGGAAUCCCGGCAAUAUUCCCAACAGCCUUUGCAGAAAAGAAGCCAACAGUCAGAGCAGAGAUCCCAACGAGACUCCCAUCAAGGGUCUGCAGAAUGGACCCAGCCUCGAUCAACCUCUGGGCAUCAUCUUGAUACUGAGCCAUCGCGAUCGCAGAAGCACUCGCAGCAACAGCAACAGUCGACCAGGAAACAGUCAGAAUCACCAUCUCCUCAACAACACGCUCGGAUACAGCACGGCCAGCCUUCACCAUCACGGCAAAGUCACCCGCAGCAACCACAACGGCAGUCAGCUUCACAAGCACGGCAACCCCAGCCAGCGCAAGCUCAGGCCCCGUCACAGGUACAGCAACAGGCCCCAGUGCCACAACAGGAGCAGCAGCAGCCACGCCAGCCUCAACUACAGCAACGGGCGCGGCCGCCACAGCAGCAACAAGCACGGGCCCCGCAGCAACAAGAGCCACGACCAGCUCAGAAGCAGCAGCAGCAGCAGCCGCCGGCGCCGGUACAGCAGCAGCAGCAACGGCAACAACCCCAGCAGCAGCAGCCACCGCCGCCAUCAUCGCAACAAGCACAGCAGCAGCCGGCCGGGCAACAACAGCCUCAACCUCAAACACAGGCCCAGCAGCCACAAGCAAGGCCGGCCAUGGCAAAGAUGGAUCAAACAACUGCAAAGCCUGCAGUAAAACCAGCAACUGCACCACAACGAGCUACUAACUUAGCAGGUCAAAAAGCAGGUGAAGAGAAAGAAGGUGAUAUUGGAGCAUUUGUUUCCAAAAUGUUGCCUGGUGGAGCUGCUGAGCAGGCUGGGAAGCUGACUGAAGGCAUUGCUUCUUUUGGCCGGAAAUUAACUUCAUUUUGGUGAUCGCACUGUUGUAAGGGAAGUUAGUGUGGGAUUGAAGAGAGGUGUAUCAUACUGGAAAAACCUAUGAAGAAUCAGAAUACAUUCAACAAGAAACAUAAGAGCAUGGGACUCUGUGUAUACUGUAAAGAGAAAGAGGCAAAAUUGAGACCUGAAUGGCAACAGGAUACUAAAUAUGCACAUCGAAUGGAGCGACUGUUUCUUUCAAGCCUGGCAGGAGCAGGACUGCAGAACAUCUUCAGUAUUGAAGGCCAGACAGCAACAGGAAGCCAUGCGUCUGAGUGAGGGCAGAGAAUGAAUAAUCUCACUGUCCUUACACAGCACCACAGGAAAAAUUACUCCAGCAUCUGACAGCUUUGCCAAGGAUUUUCUGGUUGUACCAUAAUGGAAAAUGUAAGACAAAGCUCGUCAGUGUCUGUCUAUGCAAUGUGAAGAGGAAAAUGCAUCCAAGAGCAACAUCAUAACUUGCUGAGACUUUAAACAAAGGUUGGCUGUGCCUUAAGUAUUUUGCAGGUUUGCUGAAGAAGCAUUUUAGGGAAUCUGAUGUCUUUGGUACUCAGGAUAAUUUUACACUUGGGCACAAGAAGAAAACUUGGAAGCCAACAUUUGUCCAAGUUGAAAUCUGCUUGUUUGGUGGGAUUUUGAAAGUGAACCCUCUAGGCCAUUGAGAACUUCCAGCUACUAGCUAUCACUUGAGAAUUUUCAAUGAUGGUUUGGAGUUGCCUUCUGCCUAAUGACAAAUAUUUGGAAUUAUUUUACAUCCAAACGAUGUUUGCAGAAUUUGGGAUUCCUUGUGCCUGGGUUUGCUCAAUGCCUUCUUUUCUUGGACCCUGAAGGGAAAGACUGGAGCAUGCACAGAGUCCAGUUUCUCUCACUCAAGCUUUUGAUCUUCAUAGGUUUUACUGUAUUCAUAGACUAGAAUUCCUUGAGGUGAACUUACUACCUUUCUUAGGGCUGGGAGCAAAAGCUCCAUUUUCCCCAAACAUUCCACUAUUUUUUGUUCACUUUCCAGCUAAUUCUAUGAGAUGGGCAGGUGCAGCGCUGUGCAGUAUUCUGUGAACGCCCGAGGCAUUCUAGAGGAGAAUGCCAGUACUCAGCCCCUUACCCAGGACCUAGCACUGUUCGAUGGUUGUGAAACAUACGCACUGGUCACAAGAACUGAAAGUGUUAAAACUGGUGACAUCUGGAUUGACAUUGUGGACAGACAUGUCAUGCAGUUAUCACAAGCUAUUUCAUCACUUUAUUGUGGGUGUACUCCACAUAAUUUUUUUCCCAUUAAUGUGCUUGCCUGUGCUUUUAUGUAUGCUAUUUUGAAAUCGCCUUAAUUGUUUCCAAUUUUCUAUUGUAUACCUCAAAAGAAUUUUUUUUUUCUCUUCUGUACGCAACCUGCAUUUUUUCCUCAUCGCUACACAGUACUGGAUUUGUAUUGGGUAGAAAAGAAGAGAUGGGACUAUGAGAAGCAAUAGGUCAGUGGUAGGCUGACAAGAGCACAAGUGUGAAGGAGGAAGCAUGCCUCUGCCCUGCAUUUAUGGUAAUGUGCAAUUCAUUUGGGCUUCCAUUCAUCAGAAUAUGAUGAAGGAAAACAAUUACCAAUUCAGAUUUUCUAUGCAAUGAUGAGAAAACUGUGUUAAUAUUUAAUACUGAAUUUAAUGUUAUAUAUGGCAUAAAUUAAAAAUAUGAUAUUGAUAUUGAGAAGCAAUGUUUGUUACUGUAACUCAUUGAUUGGCAUAACCUGUCAAGUGGGGUGUUGUUGAACAAUUGACAGGAUCAGUUGCCAAAGGCAUAGCCACAUUAAAGCAGUGGGUUAGUAGUGUGCAUGUCUUUGUCUGCAGAGCAUGACUUGCUGAUUCAGUGCUUGCCUUCCAUUUGGUAUUGCAGUUGUUAGAGUUGCCCAUAUUAAAUUUAUUGUAUGCACUUGCAAGCCACAACCAAGGAAAUUCUGUUCUAGGAGAGACCAAACUGGACACCCAUGGGAUUUCCCAGUCCUAGAGCACAAUAGUUCUGGUUAAAAUAGAACACCUGAUUCCUAAUCUGUCAGUUUGUCGAGCUUAUUGUUACUGGAAUGACAAUUCCCAAUUCAGAAGUACGUAUGCAUCUUUCCAUUGUACUAUUCUAAAGGCACAUGUUAAACAUAGAUAGUUUGAUCAGAAUGUGCUACAGUAGGAUUUGAUAUGCCCUCAGGACCAUAGGUUAGAGAAUAUUGAUUAUUUUCUUUCCAUUGAGCUUUUGAGGGUCAAACAUGCUGUGGCUUUAUGUUCAAAAUUUUGACUCCAUAUCUUAAGGAUUUUAUUUUGUUUCAUAAGCCCUUACAAUAACUUUACUUUAUCUUCCUCUUUAUAAUAUUAUCCUUGUUACCAUGAUAAUCAAUCUUGAAAGAAGUAGGAUUAUAAAUGUUAUUUAUUUAUUUAUUUGUUUAUUUAGAGAUACAGCACAGAACAGGCCUUUCAUGUCCAACAACCCACGCCACCCAGCAACCCACCUAAUCAAUACAUUAGCCUAAUCAGAGGUCAAUUUGCAAUGAUCAGUUAAAAUACUAACCGGUACGUCUUUGAACUGUGGGAGGAAGCUGGAACACCCAGAGGAAAUCCACACUGUUAAGGGGAGAACUUACGAACUCCUAACAGAUGGCACCGGCACCCGAAUCUGAACUCUGACACCUCGAGCUGCAAUAGCAUCACAAAAACCGCUAUGCUAAUGCUUCCAAACCACCCAAUACCAACAAAAAGUACCAUAGCAGCUGGAAUUUCCAUUUUCAAAUAUAGUUUUCUUUUAUCCUCUAAGGUUCAGACGUCUCUGCCACCAGCUACUUCAUAAUCAGAAUCAGGUUUAGAAUAUGUCAUGAAAUGUGUUGUUUUACGGCAGCAGUACAUUGCAACACAUAAUAAAAAAAAUUUACAAUAAGAAAUAUAUUUUUAAAAAAUAAAUUAAUUAAGUAGUGCAAAAAGAGAGCAAAAAAAUGGAGGUAGUGUACAUGGGUUCAUUGUCCAUUCAGAAAUCUGAUGGUGGAGGGGAAGAAACUUCAUCACAUUUGGUAUAUGCCUUAGACGAUUGGACAAUUAUACCACAUCACUCGCUGACACUUAACGCAAGUAUUUUGAUCCGGGUUGGGAUGUUAUUCAUGUUGACCCAAUUGACUCCAUGGGUUAACAAUUCAUCUUUGGAACCAUUGUUAUCCAUAUUUUUCAGAGACUCUUGGAGGUGCCAUUCUUUCUAGGCUGGCUCAUUUCACUCCUUCCUUCCUCAUGUAAAAUUUUAAAUCCUAGUACAACAGUAUCAACUGUCUCCAUAUUGUGUCAUUAACAUGUAUAUUUGUUCGUAUGUGCAAAUGUAUGUAUCUGCAUGAAUAAUCAACUCUAGAAAAAUAACUGAAGUCAACCUACAUUAUUACUCUUGUCUAACCAUAUAUUCAGUGAGAGUCUGAGGAUAAAAGUGUAAUUGGGUGGCAUUAUUGUUGUGAGAGACGCCAUAGCAUUCCUGUAUCAGACAGAUACUUUCUUCAUUUAUUUGGCAACAUAUACACAGAUUUCAAACAAAAGAAAAUGCCAUGAUUCUGUAAAAAUUAUCAAAUCUUUCUUCAGAGUAUCCAGCAUUAAAAAAUGUACAUAAAAUUAUUAUAUGAAAGAAGUGUAUAUUUUGAAAGCUAUAAAAGAUUUACUACUGAGGAAAUAAUGCUUUUAGAUUUUAGGUGAUUUCCGGGGUUGUGCAAUCAAAGAUUACUUCCACUCAGUGUGAUAUUUGUGAAUGAAGAAAGCAGAUGAUGUGUGUAAAAGUUUGCCUCUAGCCAUCAGAGUUAGUGUUAUCCUGCAUCCCACCACUAACAUCUAUAAUUACCUCACGGAUAAGGAAGUGUGAAUUUCAUUCUACCUUUCUGAAGAUACUAGAGGGCUGAUUUUUUUUUCAUGCCACUGCAUCAAAAAGAAAUAUUUAAAAUUAAAUUUCAGAGACUAUAUUAUACUUCAGAAAUUCUUGGUGUAUCUAAGGCAGAGUUUGAAAGUUCUUGAUUGAUAAGGGGAGGGUCAAAGGUUACAAGGAGAAGGUAGGAGAAGGGGGUUGAGAGAGCUAAUAAAUCAGCCGUGUCGGAAUGGCUGGAUUCUGCUCCUGUGUCUUAUGGUCCUACAUAUUUAAACUUCUUGAGAUAGGCAUGAUAAGCAAGGGUGCUACUACGAUGAAUGCCUUGCAAACAUUCAGUAGAAAUGGACAUUAUAGUCUAACAGUUUAUGCCAAACUGAACCCAUCUCCUAGAAAUGGACUGUUCCUCAUGUCUUUACCUAUGUAGAGCUCAUUCACAAUAAAACUUGCAUCGUACAUGGAGGAGCGCCACCUCAAGUAACUAGGGAUGGGCAUUGUCCAUGACACCCAUGUGCUCUACAUGUAAGCGCACCUGAUGCUACCAUAAGCAAACAUAAGGGAACUAUGCGAAUAACAAAAUAGCUAUUAAGUGGUCCAAGCCAGUGCAACGGCUAUGUAAUUUACUCAGCAGAUCCCUUGAAAUUUACACUAAUAAUCAUCAGUCAUAUGGAACAUUCCACUCCUGAAAAAUUGAACUACAAAGCAAGAAAUUUGAAAGCAAAAUUACAAUGUAUCUUGUUCAGACAUGUACCUAAAAUGAUACUUCCAAAUAUGCAGUGGAGAUGUAAACUGACUGGGCGAACUGGCAAGAGAUUCUUAAUAAGAAUUUUAUCAAGUCUUUGAACAUUCAUUGGGAUCUUAAACAUAACUUUGAGCUUCGUUAUGGGACAAAAAUUGAAUUCCUAAACAUACGUGUUUAAUAUGGAAAAUUAAGACUGGGCAAGUUAAGGGAGAUGUAUUGUUGAAAAAAAUGUCCUUUUCAGGCAUAAGUCAAACACAGGCCACACUACACUAUUCACAGUUGUCACCAAUAUAUUAUUAUAAACCUCAAUCUCUGUGCAGCCGCUUGUUUAUCAGAAAAGUUAUUAUCUCAUAGCUCAUCUGUUGUCUUCAUUUGUGGGUAUACUAUAUUCUUGAGUGGAAGCAUUACACUGGAUUCUCAAUGAAAGUGAAUUUUUAGAGGAGACUAGGAAUGAAUGGUAUUUGGAACCUAUUGGACUCACUAACUAGAUUUAAGAGACAGCCCCACGCAACAAAUCCUAUUAUUUUGGGAGCAUCUAGAACUCUGGAUUAUAAAAUUUGCCGAUCCCAGGGUGUUAAAAAGGGUACCACAAUAGGGCCAGGCAUCGUGAGAUAAGCAGAGAAUCAUUUUGCUAAAUUCUCAUAUCUACUCAUUGGAAAUUUUAAGAGUUUAGAUCACAUCUUUCUCUACUGUGCUCUUAAUCCAAGAAUCUGAUAAACCUAUUCGCAGUUUAGGUCUAUCAAAAGAUUAGUUGGAGUGUGAAAUGCAGCACCUGCCCAGAGAGUUAUACUCUAACAAGGGGUCAAUAUUUGUAGACAAAGCAAGAAAUAAUUCCUGUUUGCGGUAUAACAAUUAAAAAAAGCCUAUUUUGAAAUUUUAUACACAUUAGAAUUGCUUUCCUCAAACUUAAAAUCAGUAUUGAUGAAAGAAUUCCUGAAGAACUCUUAGUUCACUAAUUCUCCAUUCUGUUCUUCUCUGGUGCUUUACAUUUCGAUCUUUCACCUUUAAAUGAUAACAUGUAAGUUCUCUCACAGCUCCAGUGCCUGUACCCAUGAGGGCUCCGAGUAUACUCCGACAGGUGGGAAAGAUAGACUAUUGCUCAUUGCUCCCAAAGGAGGAUGAUCUAGUUCCCCAGCCCCACCUUACUCUUUUUACAUGUCCAAUCUCGCUUUUGGCCCUUUUCUCCCAAUAAGACGAACUUUCAGUUGGUGCAGCCUAUACUUUAUUCAAGAUUAAAUGUUUUACUGCAGCUGAUUGGCUGCCGAAAAUGAUUUUUUUUGUUUCCCUUAUGUAAAUAAUUGUACAGUGUAAAUCUCAUUCAGAUUAUUUAAACAGCCACUCGGUAUGGAUCUCACAUACCAGCAAUCCUGCCAAUUCAUGCUUGUUUAUAUAAAAAAAAAUAAAAAGCUAAAAAACACCGUGUUCGUGGCUGAUUCGUAUAGACCGUUGAAAUAUUGUACUCAGUUGUUAUUUGUGUAGAGUUUUUACAUGUUGUGUAUGAAAAUGAGGUGACUUCCUAAAGUAAACCUGACUUCCAUGUAUUUGGAAAGAGUGUAAAACUCACUGUUAUAAGUGCAAUGAAUAAUUCCUGUUUGAACAUUGUAAAUGUAUGUAUGCUGCACUGUAUACUGUGAUGGUUGUAGUAUUGAAUAUAUGAUAUUGUAUAAUGUGAUUGUGUAAAAUGUGUCCAACCAAAUCAUUUCCAUGGGAAACCAAUA